AAAAUCUUUUUUUUCUGUACCGCAGUUUUUAUUACACAACCAGUUUUUUUUUUUAUAUUCAUAUAAAAAAGAAAGAAACCAAAACUUGAUAUACUCUUUUAAACAGAAAAGCGAAUAGAAUAUAAAGAAAAAGUUGUCUGAAACUUGUACAUGACAUUGAACUUGAAUCGAAUAUUUGAACAGAAAGACAGCAUAGAGCAGCACCAAUUACAUCAUUUCCUCAAAGUUAAAAAGAAGAACCAAUCCCUCUCUUAACUUUUCACUAUACAAUUUUUAAACUCUUGAAAGAAAAUAUUCCUAUUUUUCUUUUAUUUCCCACAAACACAUACACACACUUAAAAAAACUCACCCUCACACUUUUAAAUAAUAAUUCAUCAUGGCUACUGUUAAUGUAAGACGUGACGUCCAAGAUUCCUUUUAUCGUUACAAGAUGCCCAAGCUCACUGCAAAGGUUGAAGGCAAAGGUAAUGGUAUCAAAACAGUCAUCAUGAAUAUGGCCGAAAUUGCACGUGCUCUGUCUCGUCCUCCUUCAUAUCCUACCAAAUAUUUUGGUUGCGAACUUGGUGCCCAAGUUAAAUGUGACGAUAAAAACGAACGUUAUAUUGUUAACGGUGAUCAUGACCCUACCAAGCUCCAAAAUACCCUUGAUGGUUUUAUCAACAAGUAUGUUUUAUGUCAAUCUUGUAAGAACCCUGAAACCGACAUCAUCAUUAAGAACGAUGAAAUUGUUAUGGAUUGUAAAGCAUGUGGUGCCAGAAAUAAUGCUGAUAUGCGUCACAAGCUUUCUACUUUCAUCGUAAAGAAUCCUCCUUCAGUUGCCUCCAAGAAUGUUCGUAAACAGCGUAAGGCUGCUACCGCUCAAGCCAAUAACACUGGUGAAGAUGCUGAUAAUGCUAACGAAGAUGCUGAUGGUUCUGAUGAUGAUAUCAUUUCUCAACGUCUUUCUAAGCAAGCUGCUGGUCUUAAUAUGGAAAGUAAGUUGGCUCUUGAAGAUUGGUCCGAAGAUACCAGUGAUGCCGCCGUUGCUCAACGUUUAAAGGAAUUGUCCGUCAAAGGCCAUGGUGCUUUUGGUGAUGAAGAUGAAGAUGAGAGCGGAGAAAACAAGUAUGAAGCUUUCGGUGUAUGGCUUUUAGAGAACAAGGAAGGUACUGAUGAAGAAGUUAUCGAAAAGGCUGAAGAAUUAGGUGUCCUUGAUAAAUACAAGGCCUGUCAAGUUUUGGUUCAAGGUAUCUUUGACGAAAACAUCCUUACUCAAAUUCCUAAGCGUGCCAAAUUACUUGCAAAGUUUGUCACCGACGAAAAGUCCCAAAAGGCCACUUUGGGUGGUAUUGAGCGUCUUGUCGGUGUUGAUUACAAGGAUGCCUUGUUAAAGAAAAUCCCUACCAUUUUGAUGAAGGUUUACGAUUUAGAUCUUAUUGAAGAUGAGGUUUUCAUCAAGUGGGGUGAGAAGCCUUCCAAGCGUUAUGUUGAGAAGGACAUUUCCAAGGAAAUUAAGAAGGCUGCUGCUCCCUUCUUGGAAUGGCUCGAAAAUGCUUCCGAAGAGGAAUCCGAAGAGGAAUCUGAUUAGUUCCCUUAUUUUAAUAAUCUUGUAAUAAAGUACAAUAUAUUAAACUAUACCUUGAAG